AUGUAUCCACCGGUCUUGCCUCUUUCUGUUCAUAUUCCAGACAUGAACAUAGUUUGUGUACGCCCCUAUGAACGUUUAGAUGUGGGCAUUGCAAGUGGUGCGUAUGCUAAGACUCCUUUAACAGAGUUCUUUUGUAUGAAUGCAGCUACUGAGAAUGGGUUAGGAUACUUAUACGGGGAAUUUCCAGAGCACUACAAGUGGGAUGCCUCUAAGAAAUCAUGGUAUAAGAGUCAGUCUAAAAAGCCAAUGAUUGGCCAAUUAGCUUUUGUGGCCCCUUCUGAAGAUCUUCGUAUAGUUAAAGGUUAUGUGUAUGCAAGUUUCAAAGAAGCUUGUCUUGCAGCGGGUAUUUUGGAAGAAGAUGAUGCUGCAAGUAUUUGUUUAGCUGAAGCUACUGAAAUUCAGCUACCGGUGGCCCUACGUCAUUUAUUUGCAACUGUUCUCAUAUUCUGUCAACCGAGCAAUGCUGAACAAUUAUGGUACAAGUACUAUUCUGCAUUGUCAGAAGAUUUUGCAAGAAAGUAUGCUGGUGCUGAAAGAAAAAUUAAGAAACUAACAGUCAGGUCAGUGGAGCAAUAUCUAGAGGCCAUGAGGAAAUCGUUAGGUGAGUGUGGUCUAGCUGUUUUAAUAAACAACAACGAUACAGAAAUAGAUAGAACAAAAGAUAUUCAGGAUGCAUUGGAUGCUCCAAUUCCUCAGGCAUGCAUAGACCGCUGCAGCUUAUUAAAUUCAGCACAAAGGGAAAUAUUUACUUCUAUAAUGCAGCAUAUUGUCGAAGGAAAACCAGGGGCUUUCUUUGUAGAUGGUCCUGGUGGAACGGGUAAAACAUUCCUAUAUAAUGUGUUGCAUGCUGAGAUCCGUCUUAUGAAUAAAAUUGUUUUGCCAACAGCUACAUCUGGAAUAGCGACUGCAAAUAUUCCAUCUGGCAGAGCAGCACAUUCAAGAUUUAAAAUUCCGGUAGAUAAUGAUGAUUCAUUGGCAUGUAGUGUUUCUAAGCAAAGUAGCCUGGCUGCAUUGAUACAAGAAACAACUCUUAUAAUAUGGGACGAAGCAUCAAUGGCUAACAAACAGAAUAUAGAGUCGCUAGACCUUCUCUUACGGGAUAUAUGUGAUAAUGAUGUUUUGUUUGGUGGGAAAGUAAUUGUUUUUGGUGGAGACUUCCGACAAGUGUUGCUCGUUGUUCCUAAUAAGACUCAGAAAGAAGAAGUUGAAGCAAGCGUUGUUAGUUCUUAUAUAUGGCACCACUUGAGAAGAUUCAGAUUAACAGAAAACUUAAGAGCUAGAGAAGAUCCUUCAUUUUCUCAGUUUUUACUUGCAUUAGGAAAUGGUGAAUUGCAAAGUAAAGAAAGUGACUUUAUUGAGUUACCAGCGCAGAUAGUGUAUACUUUUGAGCCUGAUGAUAAUCCAAUGCUUCUGGUGCUUGAGGAUUCUUUUCUAGAGCUUGAUUCAAGUGCUUUAGAUCAUCAAAUAUUUUCUAGAAGGGCUGUUUUGACACCGAUAAAUGAAGAUGUUGAUAACAUUAAUUCUUUCAUGAUUGAAAGAUUCCCGGGACAAGCUGUAACUUAUACAAGCUAUGACACUAUUUUGGAUGAUACUGGCAGUGUAUGUCCUACAGACUUUCUAAAUAAAUUGUGCCCAGGAGGACUCAGUCCUCAUAACCUUGUGCUAAAAGAAAACUUCCCAGUAAUAUUGCUCAGAAACCUUUUGCCUUCUUCUGGUCUAUGCAAUGGAACACGCCUUAUAUGCAAGCGUUUUUUUCCUAAUUUAAUUGAGUGUGUCAUUUCCAUUGGACAACAUCAAGGAGAGCAUGUUUUUAUACCAAGAAUUAAACUCAGGCCAUUAAGUUCCCAUAAGUAUCCUUUUCAGUUUCAAAGAAGCCAAUUUCCAAUGAAACUAAGCUUUGCAAUGACCAUUAAUAAGUCACAAGGGCAGACCUUAGAUCAAGUGUUAAUUUAUCUCCCUCGAUCAUGUUUCUCACAUGGUCAAUUGUAUGUUGCUCUAUCACGAGCACGGUCAGCCAACAAAGUGAAAGUUAUAUUAGUUGCUCCUAUUGACCAAUGUCCAAAGAACUGUGUUAAAAAAAUUGUCUCCUAUACCGUGCUAAAAUUGGCAGGAGUAAUUUAG